UUGUACAAAAACCAAAAACACAACUUCGGUCUUCUUCUUCAGCUGUUGAGUGUAGAAAAGCGGGGACCCAAAAUUCGUGCGUUUUUCCCCCAAACAUAAACCAAAAACCAGUAAGCACUUCUAUCUUUAAGACACAAGCGCGCACACGCAUGGCGAACGGUCUCUUUGAAUUAAACCGUCAAUAAACCUUGCAGUUACACAAAAUCCUCAUUGUUGACGGCAGAAAAAUUACUCUUUUUGUUUGGUGGUUGAUUGGAAGAUAUACUGAAGUGCUUUUCUUCUAGCUCCAUCACUCUGAUGUUUGAGGUUUCAACAUCCAGUUCUCGAAUUAUUUUGUUUUUGUUCACAUUCCUGGCAAUCAACCAAAGGAUAGGUGUCUAAAAAGUGAAUCUUCCUCCUCCCUCAUCUCCAUUUCCCCUCACUGUAUUAACAUAUGUUGGAAGAACAUGCCUGGCAUGGCAUAAAUGGAAACUUACAACUACUAGGUAUACUUGACAGCGCAUAACUGUUGGUCUUCAAGGCAAUUUUUUCUGAAUGGCCAACAACCCUCCUUAUUCUAGUGUACAGCCUCUUCAGCCUCCUCUAGUUGGCUCCAUGGAUCGUCCCCGAAAUUAUGUUCCACCCAUGCCUCUUCAAUUCCGACCAGUUGUUCCAGCACAGCAGUCGCAGCAGUUCAUUCCUAUGUCUGCUUCACAUUUCCAUCCUGUUGGCCCAGGUGUCCCUGUGAUGAAUGCUGGAUUGCCUUCCCAACCUCCGCAACCCCAAUUUCCUCAAUCAGUGCAGCAGUUGCAAGCAAGACCUGGACAACAGGGGCAGGGUCCACCACCAUCACAAGUCAUUUCAUUGCCAAAUGCUCCAAUGAACAGGCAUGUUGCACCUGGAUCAUCACUGCCUCCACCCAGUGUUCCGACUCCAAUUAGCUAUGCACCUGGUUUAGGGGGCCCAGGAAUGCCUCUCUCUUCAUCAUACACAUUUGUGCCAUCUUCUUAUGGACAACCCCCGGCAACUUUUAAUGCUGUAACUCAGUAUCAGCCAAUGUCCCAAAUGCAUGUACCAAGUAUUCCUGCAGGGGGACAGCCUGGGUUAUCAUCUGUAAAUCAGGGUGCUGUUCAUGUUACGCCUGUGCAGCACAAUGGUGAACAAUCUUCAGUUACCACUGCCACUAUUCUGGCAUCCAGUGUCCAGCCCACUAAGCCUAGUGAAGAGACUACGACAGACUGGAAAGAGCAUGUGUCUGCUAAUGGAAGGAGAUAUUAUUAUAAUAAGAGGACAAAAUUAUCAAGUUGGGAGAAGCCUUUUGAAUUGAUGACGCCAAUUGAGAGGGCAGAUGCUUCAACUGAUUGGAAGGAAUUCACAAGUUCUGAUGGAAGAAGGUAUUUCUACAACAAGGUUACCAUGCAGUCAAAAUGGGAAAUUCCUGAAGAGUUGAAGAUGGCCCGUGAACGAGUUGAAAAGGCAUCUAUUUCGGAAACACAGUCAGAAACUUUAGCAACUUCUGAUGUUCGAGCUUCUGUCCCUCCAUCUGUGGAUAACACACCAUCUAGUACUGAUGGUUCAUCUUUCACAGCUCAAGGGGCAUCCUCAAGCCCAGUUCCUGUCACUCCUGUUGCUACUGGUGGUAAUUUGCAAUCUGAGUCAGUUUCUGAAUUGUCAGCCUUAACUGUUAUGCCUUCUUCUGUGAAUACCAAUCUAGAUGAAGUCCAGACAACUGAGAAUCCUGUUUCUGGAAGUUGUGAGGUCACUGCUGCAACUGUUGAUAUAGCAAUAGAACCAAUGGACAAGUCCAACUUUUUAGGUCAGUAUAAUUCUAGUUCUGCAAAUCAAGCUCCUGAACAAGAAAAAGAGGAAGCUGGAAAAGAUGUUGUGAAAAGUGAAAAAGUCAACAGUAUUUCAUUGGAGGAAAAAACAGUCAGUCAGGAGCCCUUGACUUAUGCUGAUAAGCUGGAGGCAAAGAAUGCAUUUAAGGCACUUUUGGAGUCUGCAAAUGUUGGGUCUGACUGGACCUGGGAUCAGGCCAUGAGAGUGAUAAUUAAUGACAGAAGAUAUGGUGCGCUAAAAACACUUGGAGAGCGGAAGCAAGCAUUUAAUGAUUACUUGGGUCAAAAGAGAAAACAGGAAGCAGAUAAUAGGCGAAGUAGGCAGAAAAAAGCAAGGGAAGAAUUUAAGAAAAUGCUGGAAGAAUCUGGAGAGAUGACAUCCUCCACAAGAUGGAGCAAAGCGAUGACAAUGUUUGAAAAUGAUGAGCGUUUUAAAGCUGUUGAACGAGAAAAAGAACGCAGAGAACUCUUUGAUAACUACUUGGAGGAGCUUAAGAUAAAGGAACAAGCAAAGACAAACGAGGAACGCAAGAGGAAUCUUGUGGAGUAUAGGAAGUUUUUGGAAUCUUGUGACUUUAUUAAGGCAAGCACCCAGUGGCGAAAAGUUCAUGAUCGGUUAGAGGCAGAUGAAAGAUGUUCUCGUCUCGAAACAAUGGAUCGCUUGAAUUAUUUCAAUGAUUAUAUACAUGAUUUGCAGAAGGAAGAAGAGGAGCAGAGGAAGAUCCAGAAGGAAGAAAUGAGAAAGACAGAGCGUAAAAAUCGUGAUGAAUUCCGUAAACUAUUAGAAGAACAUGUUGCUGAUGGCACUCUGACAUCCAAAACUCACUGGCGUGAUUAUUUUUUGAAGGUUAAAGAUUUACCAGCAUAUUUAGCAGUUGCAUCAAACACGUCAGGUCCAACUCCAAAAGAUUUGUUUGAAGAUGUUGCUGAGGAGCUACAGAAACAGUAUCAUGAGGACAAGACUCGGAUAAAAGAUACUGUGAAGCUGAAAAAGGUUGCUUUGGCAUCAACCUGGACACUUGAAGAUUUUAAGGUUGCUGUACUGGAGGAUGUCAGCCAUCCACCUGUGUCAGAAGUGAACCUAAAGAUAAUAUUUAAUGAAUUGCUGGAAAGAGCCAAGGAGAAGGAGGAUAAAGAAGCUAAGAAACGUAAACGUGUUGCCGAAGACUUUCUCAAUCUAUUAUACUCUAUCAAGGAUAUAACUGCAUCUUCAAAGUGGGAGACUUGUAAAGAGCUUUUUGAAGGUAGCCGAGAAUUCAGUUCUAUUGGUGACGAGAGUAUCUGCAAGGAGAUAUUUGAGAAAUGUGUAGCUCAAUUGAAGGAACAUGCAAAGGAGAAUGAGAGGAAACGGAAGGAAGAAAAGGCAAAAAAGGAAAAAGAGAGAGAUGAAAGAGACAGGAGAAAGACAAAACAUAGAAGAGACAAAGAGAGAGGACAUGAAAGGGAAAAGGAGCACAUAAAGAUGGAAGAAGCAGAAACUGAAAAUGUUGAUAUAACAGAAGAUCAUUUUUAUGAUGAUAACAAAAGAUUAGGAAAUGAUAAUAACAAGAAGCAAAGAAAAAAGCAUCACGAUUCUAUGGAUGAUGCAAAUGAGAUUGAGAAAGAUCGAUCUAAGAGUUCCCAUAGACAUAGCAGUGACCAUAAGAAAUCAAGACGGCGUGCCUCCACUCCUGAUUCAGAUGGUGAAAGCAGGCAUAAAAGACAUAAGAGAGAUCAUCGUAAUGGUUCUCGUAGAAAUGGGGAUAAUGGUGACCUUGAAGAUGGGGAAUUUGGUGAGGAUGGAGAAGGUCGGUAGUUAUCUCUCAUCCUACAGGUUGCUCUUUUUUAUCCCCUUCUAUGCUUUAUCAUGGAAAGAUGUUUUUCUGUAGCAUACUUGAUAUAUUUUCAGCUUACUAUAGUCUGUAACUGCAACCAAUCACCAUGUAACAGUAACAGGAUUUUUGGAUAACUUUUUAGAUAAGUCCUGUUGCAUGUAAAUUUUUUUAUAACUGCUGAAGAUCUAAAUUAUCUAUGAAAUUACAUAGAAUACGAGUCAUUGCUGUUGCUCUUUUUUAAAAAAAA